AUGCUUGAAGGCAGGGUCUUCACUGAUCAAAAGCCCUUAAUAUAUGCUUUUAAGCAGAAGCUCGAAAAGUGUUCCCCACGACAACUUCGUUAUCUUGAUUUUAUUGGCCAAUUUUCCACUGACAUACGAUACAUCAAAGGUAGUGACAAUACCGUAGCUGAUGCCUUAUCUAGGGGAGAAAUAGAUGCAGUAUCUGAUAAUCAACGCAUUGAUUAUAAAAAGUUAUCCGAAGUACAAAUUCAGGACUCUGAAAUUCAAAAUUCCUUAUCUCAAUCUUCACCAGUUUUUAAACUUGAGAAACAUUACUUGCCUUUAGAAGAUGUUACUCUUUACUGUAAUAUGGACACAGGUAUACCUCGAUCGUUCAUACCUGAAUCUUUUCGCUCUAAAAUAUUUCAGAAGAUUGACUGUCUUUCUCAUGCUGGUCCUCUUCCACCGCCUGAAGGUAACCGUUAUUGCAUGACAAUUAUUGACAGGUUUACCAGAUGGCCAGAAGUCAUACCUACUGCUGACGUGUCAGCUCAGACGACUUGCAAAGUAACUAUUGCUUAUCAUCCUCAGUCCAAUGAACUGAUUGAGAGAUUUUGUAGGCAACUUAAAAGUUCAAUAAUGGCUCAUAACAACUCAAAAUGGACUGAAAUUCUGCCUAUUGUUCUGUUGGGUAUUAGAUCUGCCAUCAAGAAAGAUAUAAAUGCUACUUGCGCUGAACUUGUCUACGGUACUACUACACUUAGAUUACCGUCAGAUAUGCUGAAUGCUACAAGUAUUGUAUCGCCUACCGAAUCUUAUGUGUCACAACUUCGAUCAGUCAUGCAUUUAGUUAAACUUAUUCCAACCUCUAGGCAUAUUCAAUCAACAAUUUAUGUACAUCCAGCACUUCAAACCUGUUCUCAUGUAUUUCUGCGUAUCGAUUCUGUUAAAUCACCUCUAACUCCACCUUACACUGGUCCUCAUACCGUGGUUAAACGAAUGGAUAAAAAUUUUAUUAUUGAGGUAAAUAACAAAAAGAUUACAGUUACAAUCGAUCGUUUAAAACCAGCAUAUACGUUGUCAGAAUGUAUAAAUUCACCUGUAAUUCCUCAGUUUCCACACGAAGUCUGCGAAGCCUCAAAAAUUGUUCCAAAACAAGUAGUUACCCGCAGUGGACGUCGUGUUCAUUUUCCUAAAAAACUAAUUACUGUAAUAUGA